AAUAAUUACCGUAACCUAGGAAGGAUGAGAAAUCAAAACAGUAAAAUGUCGCCGCGGACCAUAGCUAUUGCUUGCCUGCAACUGCAACUGAUGAAAAACUACUUGACCUGCGUUUCUAUUUGGAGAUUCUAAAGCUCAGCGCAAUUAGAUCGUUUGUUGCUCGUGGUGGCUGCAAUUUUCACUUGCGUUUUUCCUGGUCAGGGGCAUGAUAAAAUUCAUACCAAUAACGAUUAGUGGUAUUCAUCUCAUCUCAUCGAUGCAAAAUGUUUCGCUGGGUAAAAUUUCCCUCAACUCAUAUAAUCUCUUUCCUUCAAAAUGAUCCAUCUCUGAUAGUGAGAGUUAUCUCAAGCAAUGCAAAUGAGUCCCAUGUAGUGUCUUAUCUUGUUAACAAUUGUGGGUUAUCACCAAAAUCUGCUCUUUCAGCUUCUAAAUAUGUCUCUUUUAAAACCCCAAAAAAGCCAGACUCCGUUCUUGCCUUUUUCGAGGCACAUGGGUUCUCAAAGACCCAUAUCGCAACACUUAUCCGUAAACGCCCAACUGUGCUUUUGGCAGAUCCUGAGAAAACCCUUAUGCCUAAACUCCAAUUUUUGCACUCUAACGGGUUUUCAAGCUCUGACAUUGCCAAAGUUUUAUGUGUAUGCCCUGAGAUUCUGCAUACUAGCUUAGAAAAACAGAUAAUCCCUGCUUUUAACGUCAUAAAAACUUUUCUUCCAUCUCAUGAGAAAGUUGUUUGUGCUAUAAAACGGUUACCACGAAUUAUGCUUUCUCAUCUUGAAACCUAUGUCUUACCUAAUAUCAAAAUUUUGGAAGAAAGUGGAUUGCCAAAAUCAAGUAUAGCUUGGCUACUAAGAUAUCAACCAGCAACGUUUAUGACAAGCUCAAAUCGAUUUUCUGAGAUUGUAGAAGAAGUGAAGGGAAUGGGUUUGAAUCCUUUGUCAGUGAACUUUGUUGCUGCAAUCCAUGCAGUAAGGGCAAUGAGUACAUCAACAUGGAAAAGUAAAAUUGAUAUUUAUAAGAAGUGGGGUUGGUCUGAGGAAGAGAUUCUAGUGGCUUUUGGGAAGCAUCCAUGGUGUAUGAUGGGUUCUGAGAAAAAGAUUACGGCAGCCAUGGAUUUCUAUAUCAACAAAAUGGGUUGGGAUUCUUCAUAUAUUGCACAACAUCCAGUACUUAUAUCACUGGGCUUGGAUAAGAGGAUUGUGCCACGGUGUUCAGUUAUCCAGGUUCUGCUGUCAAAAGGUCUGAUGAAGCAGACUAGGUUUUCUUCACCAUUGAUAAUUUCUGAAGAAUCGUUCCUGCAUAAGUUCGUGACACCUUAUGAGGAGGAAGUUCCACAUCUGUUGAAGUUAUAUCGGGAGAAGUUGGAAAUUGCAAAAUGUAAGGAUAUGGAGAAAGGGGGCUAAGACAUUUGUUGGGGCAAUUAUGGAAAUGGUAUGCCAGCUCGCCAAUCCUUUAAUUGUUAUAAUUAUUCCUAUUUCUACAAUUUGGUCCAAUUAACGACAAUGGUUCUGAGUUUGUUCAA